UUGAAAUAGAUGCGCAGGUGGAGUGAGACGUGUCGUUUCCAAAAACUUUGUAAAUCACGUAUUUAAAUACGAAAGUAUACUGUAAUUUUUGUUGGAGGUAUACGAGUUGAAGUGUAUUGUUUUUACAUAUUCAAGGCUCAUUAGUUUCUGUAGUUCACAUUAAAAGUGAGAAAACCGGGUAUAAAAGUUAUUUACGUAUGACUGAAAUUUAAAUAAAAAAUCUUGUUUUGACGAAAGUGUUGAUGACCGUCAAGAUGUCUAGGGACAUUCAACUGGGCUGUUUAUUGUUGGUUAUCAUGCUGAGUGCCACCGCAGGUGCACUCAAAGGCCAUUGCAAUCGAGAAGAGGAUCUGCUCCAAAGGUGUUCUAUGGCUCUACCAGUGCUCAGUUCACCAGAAAUAUCUUUCGCACUCACACGAGAGGAACUGGACAAAAGCUGUGUUGAACUUCGAAUGGGAAUAAAAUGCAUAGACAACUACACAAACGUCUGCAUGGAGAAACAUGAGCAAGUCGUAUUUCGUCGUAUAUACGCUGGUAUUACGGAUGUGGUACAAGAAUUGUGCACUAGGGGACCAUACCAAGAUGAGUACUUAAAACAUGCUGAUUGUGUGAAGACCGUCCGAUCAGAUUAUGAAACUUGCAGCAAGAAAUAUGAAGUAACGCUGAUGACGUUGGGUAGUCAUCAGCAAGGAGAUCAGUAUCAGACAGAUCAAGCGGUGACCAGCCAUGAAGAUCAUCUUAGGACAGUUUGUUGUUCAUUCCAAGAGUACCUGAUGUGCUCAGAACAGACGGUGCAGAGGUCCUGUGGCGACGAAGCAGCAUUGUUCACUAGCGCUUUUCUCAAGCGAAUGGCGUCUAACAUUAUUAAGAAUUUCUGCUUCGAAUACAACAGGCAAGAGUGUGGACUACCGGACAAGGGAUCACACAUCUCCCAUAGUGUUCUAUUACUCAGUGUUGCAAGCCUAACGCACUUAGCAUUUUAUGCAUCUGGCAAUUUAGUUCCAACGUAAGUUUUUCAAAUGUGGAACAAUGCAGAAUUUGAAUUUAGUACGCUGUGCGGUGUGCAAUUGCCAGUAACGGACAGACUGAUGCAAUGUGUAAUGAAGUGUAAGAAAUGAAUGCGGGUGAAUGUUGCAGUUCCUCGGUUAAAAACCUGAUAGAUACUAUUUAUUGUAGGCAUAGACUAUAAUCUCAUUGUGUUACGCCUUUUUCGUCGUCCAUUUGUAAAUUGUUUGUGUAGUAAAUUAUGAGCACUGAGUGUUUUUGUGUAAAUAAUUCCUGUGUUGUUGCCAAAUAAUUGUAGUCAAUGAAAUGCGUAUAUUUAAUGUUAUUUUUACAUUGUCCCCCCGACUAUGUUUCCCUGUAAGUAAGAUUACUUAUUUGUACUUAUUUUACGAAUUAUCAACUUGCCUUUUUAGACUAUAAGGUUCCGUAGUCGGGUAGCGUCUUAUGUAGAUAAAAGUACCAUUAUGUUUAUUGUUUAUAGAUAUAAAUUAUGUUGCUUAAAAAAAAAGGAAUUUCAAAAAAAUUGCUCAAUCAAAAAUUAAGGCAUUCUCUUUUGAAAUUAUCACAAUUGAAUCGAUAAUUCAAUAACUUAAUGAAAUUAUUAAAUGUUAAUUUGUUAUAUUUAAUAUUAUAUAAUAAUGAUUAUUGUAUUUUACUGUGUAUACUUUAGGAAAUAUUAACGUAUGUAUAAAUAUAGUUUAGGUAAAAUAUUUUAUAAGGAUGUCAUCUUUAUAUUAAGCUCAGAACAUCCUGUGAUAGAGUUGUAAGUAGUUGCAUUGUGUCAACACAUAGCUGAAAUUAAAAUUAACUCAUUUUAAAAGUACAGUCAGUGACGAAAGUGGCUAACGAGUUAAAGUAUGACGUGUCUAUCAAUUCCCGUCACGAACGAUGGCCAGAUUUUGAUAUGGUGGAGUCAUUAUUUCGUAGUUAGUUCCAUCAUUUAUAGUAAUCAUAUACCUAUACGUAUCUACUUGGUAGAAAGUUAAAAACAAGACUGACUGCCUCGUUGGUUGAGUGGACGCAAGUGCGACUCCCGGGCAAGAGGUAUCGGGUUCGAU